AUGAUUGACUCUAAAUCACCAAUGCCCUGGAUAGGCGUAUACGCUGCUGUAGCAUCUGGAAUAUGGACACUUUUACUUUUUGCGGAUAAAAUGCACUCUGUGCGCCAUAGAAAAUUAUGGUUCCCCUGCAGAUAUGCUGCUCUUAAUGCUACUUUCUUGGCUCUGAUGGGCAUCGCAGUGAAGUUACCAAUGGAUCUAACUACCCCGAUGCCAGGUACGUAUGAUCAAGCCGCUAAAAGAUGUAGCAUUGCUUUCUUGUGUGCUUCAACUGCUCAUGUCAUUCCUUCUUUGGGAUCCAUGAGUGCUAGAGAAAUUAUUGUGAACUUGACAGCAGUUGGUAUCCUUAAAGUGAGUCACACUGUAGAUGUUAUCAUCCAAGUAUUAUCAGGCGUGAUUGAAGAUUAUUUCCAAGUGGUGGUUGUAGUUAUAGAUGUUUAUAUGCUCUUUAUGUUGAUUUCUUCUGCUUUAACAGUAUCUACAAGAAAAAUGCAUUUGGAGCAUAAGUAUAACGCAUUGCACGCAAGAAUUUCAGCAGAGGAACUACAACGAGACGAAAUAAUGGUCUUCGACAAGUUAAAGUAUCAUGUGAAGAAGUACUGGGUGAUGGCAGAAACAGGUGACCCUCGAUUAGUGAUGGCACGGUCUGACGACUUUUGGGUUUUAUCAUUGAUCUAUGCAUUUAUUUUUUCUAUUGAUGGAUUAGAAUUGACUACAAACAAUAAGCCAGAAAUUGCUUCCGACUAUAAAUGGUCAGUAUAUCUAGUUUAUUAUGCUCAAUAUGCAGGCAUAGGUCUUUGCACGUUCAUGUCUAUUGGAAGAAUGGAAUUAGCUAUACUUUACAUUUUAGGGAAUAUUAAAAAAUAUACCAUCUCAAGUAUUUCCUUAGAAAUAAAAAGUUACAGGAUCAACAGAUUGGUAGAGUGGAAAAAGAGGCUCCCACCAUCCCAAGUUCGAAACCAAAAGCUUAGAAAUAUUAUUUAUGAAACUAGAAAUCUACUUCUCAACAUUUGUAUAAUAACUCAGAUAGUGAUUGUGAUCAUGAAUAAAUUGCUUUGGGCAUGCCUACUUUAUUUAAUUUACCUCAAAGGAGUCAAGAUUCAAUGUAGUUAUUGGGAACUAAUUGGGAACCUAUUAAGCUCGACACUAUUUGUUUCUGUGCUGCUCCAACCCGUGACCGUUAGAUGGCUCAAUAUGAUAAAGAAUUUUUUCUCCGGGGAAUCCAAGGCCUCAGUCAAUCCCAUUGAAUCAGAACACAGGCUUGGUUAUGAGAAAGAUCUUGAAAAUUAUUUUGUACUUCUAGAAAGUGAGGCAGUACAAGAAGUACACCUGAUGUUCAUUAACGCUUCUAUCAAUUCAUUCAUAACGACGGGUGCAAAGCGUCAGCCAAGAUGUCUAAUGAAGCUUAUGGAGAAAUCCACCAGCUUCGAGGGUGUGCUAAAAUUUGAAAGUGAUCAAGUCUCUCUAAUAAUUUGCGAAGAACCUCUUAAUUGCUGGAGUCUAUCCGUGGCAACGCUAACAAGCAUCAUGAUUGCUCUUCCAAACGUUCAAAAUGAGGAGAAGAAUCUGUUGUUAAGAAGUGUCAUGGAAGGUUUUAAGUAUGUGCGCCCAAUAGAGAAAAGUUUGGAUGUUCAUAAAAAAAUUGUGAAUAGCACGAGUGCAGCAGAUUUUGCAUGGGGUUUAGUUGAAAUGAGGCACAAGUGGUUAGACAUGGAUCUCCAAGAAGUUGCCACGGUAUCAAAAUCCUCCAAAGAAACUCUUCAGAAUCUUGCAAAUAGAAGUGAAGAAAUUUUGAAGAAAUUUACGAGUAGAAUGAAUGGAAAUGCUGUGGAAAGCUCAGUUAACUUGCCUGAAAAUAUCAUAAUUGCCAAUUCAAUGUACAAAAUAAGCAAUAGUUUGCUGUUGGUCUAUGAGGAAAGCUAUCAUUCAGCAUCAGAUACUCAAGUAUUUGAGAGAUUGUCAGUUAUCAUUGCAGAUAUAUUUGCUGCAUGCCUGACCAAUUUACCUUGUCUUAUACUCAAGAAAUGCAGCAAUAGCGCCAUAGAAGAACGGGAGAAAAGUAUAGAGGAGGCAAGUUACACUUUGGGAGAAACUCAAGGCAUUUUGGAAGCUCUUCAGAAGCGUGAAAUUCCUAAUCUAUCACUUAAUCAAUCAAUAUCUAUUGACGAAUGGCGUACUUUUCUCAAACAUACUAACCAUGGUAUUUUGGGCCCAACUCCUAGCAAUGAGAAUAUUGUUAUUGCUUCAAGUGGUGAGGUGCACUUGGAUAUACAAGAACUUCGUGCAAGUGCUACAGAAGAAGCCUUGGGAACUGAUGAAGGCGAUGCGGAGUCUCAUGUGAGCGGCGAAGUGGAAGAGUUAGAAGAUGAGGAAGAGAACAACCAAGCAUAA